AUGACGGAGAAACGCAGGAGGAGGACGGGCUGUCUGACAUGCCGCACCAGACGAGUGAAAUGCGACGAGAGAAAGCCAGAUUGUGAACGCUGCGAGGUUGCCAAUAUAGAGUGUUCUGGAUACGCGGAGAAGCGGCGGCUGAAGACCAGACAUCCGGGACAAAGCACAACCACAACGGAGACACAUAACGGUGUUGCGCCACCCCCGGCAAGUCUCAUUAAUCAUGAAUAUUUGCAGCCAAAACCUCGCGAAGAUGGAUUGCCCUUGAUGGCGUUACCGGUCAAUCCUAAUCCAUUUCAGCGGCCUCACUCCCGAGCGCGCGAUAUGUUGGGAUACCACCAAUAUCUAUACCGAACAUCAACGAUCUUGUUCGCACCGAAGAGCUUUCAUUUCUGGAGAGAUUACUUGUGUGAAGCGGCAUGGGAGACUGAAUGGGUUUUCGACGCUAUCGUCGCCCUGGGUUCUAUGCAUCGCGCAACCUUGUUAUUGUCGAAACAAGGUGGUAGCGACCGCGACCGCGGAUUAGACACGAAAAUCGCUGCCAUCCAGACGUACAUCAGAGCCCUUGAAGGGGUAUCAAGGGAAAUAAACCAGACAAAGAGCCCUACACCUCUGGCAGUAGGCGUUUUGAUUCUUAUGGCGUAUAUCGAGUCCUCCCUUCGCGACUUGGAGUUGAUAUGUCGCAUCGUGAGACCAUUUCCUAGCCCAUUGGAACCAAACUUUCUGUCGAACGCAGAAAAGCUGACGGUCAAUCUUCCUGCUUCCUUCUUUGAAUUGGGAGCAAGCUCUUCUUCGAUAUUGAUCCAACAACUUCUGGAGUUCACCUCCGCAGAUCUUGACCUCAAGCACCUAAUAUGGUGUGUUUAUGCCGCACAUUACAAGACUGCGUCGAGAGAAAAGAUCCUAGCGUUCUUACAAGCUCUAGAUGAUUGGAAGACAUACAACUCAACACUCUUCCAAACGAUGAAAGCAGAUGACUUCCAACCGGACCUUGAUGAGUUCUCGUACCAGGGGCUGGGUAAAUUCCCAUUUCCGCCACUGCCCCACAAGCAUACAUCGUGGGAGUCUUGCCUUGUCUUAGCGCUGUACAGCUUUUACAAGGCGCGUCUCCUCUGGGCGUUAUGUCUUCUAGGAGACCAAGACCGCAAAAUUGAAUUAGAUUCAUACUUCCAUGUCUAUGAGUUGCUGCGGUACACAAGAACCGCCUUGACGAUCUCGCAUCGAUCCUCUUCCCUAUCAAUGGUAAUGUGCGAGAACUUGAGAAUUGGGUUUUCACCGUUGCUCUAUCUAGCGGGCCGUUGUUGUCCUUCAGCCCCGUGGCUUCGUUGGAUCAUCCAGGAGCUCGAAAAUGUUGGCCCCGAGGGAAUCUUCCAAAACAAACAAUUUGCGGCAACACUUGAUCUUCUGUUAUCGCUCGAAGAACUCAAAACGAGAGAUUUGCAUUUAUCCUCCGAUGGGGCAAAUUUCGUACACCCCUCCAUGCGAACGAUCGCCGUUUUUAUCCCUGAUAUCGACGGUCGAAGCUUCGAAGCAUAUUAUGGACGUCUCAGAGGCUCUUCAAGUGACAAUGGCAACGACACGCAAUUCGCUCUUUCUAAAGUUGCGCACUGGUUACAGACAACCAAGGAUUCUGAGCCUUCUAUUGAGGAUUAUGAGAUAUACCCGCAGCCCUUUUCUCCUAAUUGGCUUAUGGAACAGCCUAUUGUGAAGAAGUGGUUGGAUUGGAGUUGUGUCACAGAGUUUGAUUUGAACCAAGUGAUCCAGGACCACAUUGCUGGGAAUCGUCUUCUGCUUGAAAUUGGUGUUGAAGCAUGA